ACAUAUCCUAGCCCAUCAAUCAAGAACCCAAUAAGGGAAAAUCACUGCGGUACCCGAUCAGGUCUAAUAUCCGCCCUCUUCGGCGAAAUAAGCGGAUGCCACUGCGCCAGAAACGUAAUCGCUGCACAUAUCAUAAAUCAGCACAUUGGUUCUCGUUCCCCUCAACCCAUUACCCCCCCCAAUACCCAAAGCCAGCAUAAAGGGAACAGGAAAAGAAAGGGAGAAAUAAACAUACCCCACAUCAAAUAGCACGACACAAACGAGAGAAUAAGCGUACUCCGCCAAAGCCUAAGAUACUCGUUAGACACAAACCCAGAUUCGAAGAGGAAAUCAAAGGAGGGAUGCAUACGUUUGGUUCUCGCCCUUAGGACUGAAUAUCCAAACCACGACGGACGCGACGGCGAUGACGAUCAGACCGAUGAUUAGACUCCACCUAUUUUCGUUCCGUUAAUCUUUCCUUCUUCUUAAGUCUUUUAAAAGAAUAGAUGAGGAGAUGAUAAGGAGUAGUCAGACGUACCCGUUCGCCAUUUUGAUAUCUUGGUUAUUCUGCUUCGAAUGGCUAGUGAUUCGGUGAAUUAUACGUAGAGUAUGAGGGCACGGUCAAUGCACUCUGACACAGGGACCAGCCGGUGUCUUCUUCUUCCCUUUUACUUUUUCUUUUCUUUUCUUUUUUUGGUUUGAGGUUAAUCGGUGAUUGGAUUGGUAAUUCCGAUACUGUGGAAGCGGGUAUGCUGGCUUCGUUCGGUGGGUUGUAUCUGUUCGCAGUUCGAGGUAUCUCCUGGUGUUCUCUCCACCAGUGUGGGAAUCGGCGUUGCCUUCGAGGAGGGAGAAUGGGCCGCUUAACUCGUAAGGGGCGAUGGAUUUGGCGUGGACCGAGACGAGCAAUAACGCUGGACGUUGACUUGGCGGUGGAAGGAUUGUUGUUGUUAAGGUGGACUCUCCGCGGGAUAAAGGUAUGGGAUGUUGGAGCUCUAGGCUGGGGGAGCUUGUAGGUGGUGUUGGCGCCUGAGGCAGAACUUCUGGGUGGUAGGCGGUGAUGAGUUGCAGAAU